AUUUUAAUUUUAACUUUAUUGUUUAAAUGUUUAGUUGAUUUUAUAUUUAAUAAUAAAAAACCAUGACAAGCAAUAAACCUAAAUCUAAAAGCAAAGAAGGAAAAUCAAAGGUUAAGUAUGAGAUUCCUAAGUUAACAGAGCUUGAAAAUGAAAUUGUUUUGCGUAUGCCCGAACCCUAUUCAAGCAGCCUUCGUGAUGCUCUUCAAAGUGGUGGUUUAAAAGAUAGACUACAAAUAGAUUUUGAAGAAGAUGCUCGUCAUGCCACUGUCAAAUUUGAUAAAGUAGUAUUUGCAGCCAAACUUUAUGACUUGCCUUGCAUUGUGGAAACUUGGAAGACAUUUGAUAAAAAGAGUUUAUGGAAAACAGGGGAUAUGUGUCAGGUUCUAAUAUGUAAAGACCCAGAUGAGCCUGACUCAAGUUCAGAGGAAGAAGAGAAUCUUAGUAUGGAUUAUAUUAAGCGUAAACUGCAGGAAACUAAAAAGUAUCAGUAUGCUCAUGGCUUGACUCCACCAUUAAAAAAUGUGCGAAAGCGUCGUUUUCGAAAAACAGCAAAGCAAAAAUAUAUUGAUGCACCUGAAAUAGAAAAAGAAGUAAAACGUCUGUUGCGUGCUGAUGUAAGUGCUGUUGAUGUAAAAUUUGAAAUAAUAAAUGAUGAGUUAGAAAGUAAAAAACUAGAUAAGGAAGAAGAAAUCGAUAUUGGUGGUCCAACACUUGAACAAUUUAAUGAGAAUUCUAAUUUUAGCAUGUUUUCUGAUGACAUUGCUUUAGAUGAAGGAGAUAUUUUACCUGAUAUUAGCAGUAGUGAUGAAGAAGAAAAUACUGAAACUAAUGAGGUAAAAAAAGAAAAAUCUCAUAUGCAUAUUGAGUACGAAAAAAAAUUGAUGGAGAUACGAGAAAAGAAACUUGAGCAAGAAAUGAGAGUACGCAAGGCUGCAAAUCCUUUUUUAAAACAACGAUUUCAAACUGAAUUGGAUAAUUUGAAACAACAAGAAGAAAAAUUUAUUGCUGAGAUGGAAGAAUUAAAUUUGUAGUAUUUUUUAAAAUGUUUAAAAAAAUUGAAGAAAUUAUUUUUAGAAAAGUUUAAAUAUUUAAAAAUAAAA